AUGGCAUCGAAGUUCAGCCCCCAGAACUUGAACGAUGUUUCCGGCCUCGUGGCUGUAGUCACAGGAGGCGGCUCUGGCCUCGGACGCAUCAUCGCCCACGCUCUGGAAGCCAACGGCGCCAAAGUAUUCAUCACGGGCCGACGACAGGAGAAGCUGGACGAGGCUGUGAAGGAAGCAACUCACGGCAACAUCACCGCCAUCCAAGGCAGCACAACCUCCCACGAAGACGUCCAAAAAGCCGUCGACGUGGUCACCAAAGAGACCGGAUACAUCGACCUCCUAAUCUGCAACGCUGGCAUGUCAACCGCCGAGAAAGGCGAGAACAUCCGUCCGAAGCCCAAGCAGGACUCGACGAUUUCUGAGAUUCGGGAUUACUAUUUCAAUUACAGGACCCCAACGAUCUGGAGGGAUACGUUGGAGACGAAUGUCGCGGCGACUUUUACGACGUCGAUGGCGUUCUUGGAGUUGUUGGAUGAGGGGAAUAAGCGCAGGGAGAAGGGGAAGCCGACGAGUCAGAUUAUCGCCGUGGGGAGUGCUGGGGGGUUGUUGAGGUUUACCGAUCCAUUCAUUUACAACGCAUCGAAAGCUGGAAUCCAUCACUUGAUGAGGAACCUGGGCAAUUUCCUGGUUCCACAUGACAUCCGUACGAACAUCAUUGCGCCUGGAUGGUUCCCGUCGGACAUGACAACGGCGGUGGCUAAGGCUUUCGAGGAGACUGAUGGCGUUAUGCCUCGGACUCUGGUGCCACAGCAACGAAUGGGCAAUGAGGAGGAGUUGGCCGGUACGGUCUUGUAUCUCGCGUCGAAAGCUGGGGGCUACUGCAAUGGUAACAUGAUGGUCAUCGAUGGUGGUGUCUGCCAGAACAAUGCCUAA